GAGACAGUGAACACUUGUGAGGGGGGAUGGGAGUUCAACAUGGGAGAGCUUUUCCCAACUUUGGCAACUGAGAACAAUUGGGUUUGCGGAGACUCUUGGAAACAAUACGCAACCCACACACUUUUCUCCCUCGGUUCCAUGGUGGGAUACCUCGUGGCGGGUUUCUUCUCCGAUCGAUAUGGACGGCGGCCGACCAUUCUCGCGCUAGCUUCAUUGGCAGCCGUUUCGAACCUAUUACCGCUAGUUAUGCGAAACGACAUCGCUAUUAUGUUGGCUCGGUUCCUAGCUGGAGUCGGAGCGGAUACAACUUGCUCCAUCGUGUUCCUCCUGGUCAUGGAGUACACUAUACCGAGUCACCGCACAAUCAUUGGAACAGCUUGGGCUACCGGAUGGACCGUUCUCGCGGGAUUGUAUCCGUGGUACGCGAAAUACGUGUUCGGCUACCAGUACCUCUUGGUUACAACGAGUGUCAUCAGUGUAGCGCUCAUACUAAUGUGUCCGAUCAUUCCGGAGUCUGCAAGCUGGUUGCUGACCGUCGGUCGAAUCGACGAGGCUAUGAAUAACCUUAUGAGGAUCGCUCGAAUCAAUGGCAAGCGGGACGUCUCAGAAAUCGACUUCAAAACGUUGCUGCAAUCAAUCGACUCCACGUCGACGAGUGACGUGGGUUCCAUCGACACCUCGGCAUCGGACCAAUCGAACGCGUCGACUUCUUCAUUUUGGGCUGAAACCGUGGCUCUAGUCACAACACCGAAUCUUCGGCGGACAACAUUUCUCCUCUUUUCCUCGUGGUUCCUGAUCUGUUUGUGUUAUCAAGCGGACACCUUGGGUCUCGGUCAUCUCGGCUUGAGCAUCUAUCCCGCAUAUUCGAUGUCGGCGGCGUUCGAGCUCCCCAUCAACGUGUUCACCAUCUUCUGUCUGGAUUCCGUCGGGCGCAGGUGGCCCAAUGUUUGUUUCAUGGCGAGCGCAGGGAUUCUCGCUUUCACCUUCGCCCUGAUCGGCGACGCUGGAGGAGAGACGGUCUACAUGCUCUUGGCCGUUCUAUUGAUCGUCUCUCUCGCGGGCUCCUAUAAUAUCACCUAUCAACUCGCAGCGGAGCUAUUCCCGACUGUAGUGAGGGGUCGUGGAGUAUUGCUUUCGAAGGUGUGUGGCGACUUCGGGAACGUGCUCGCAACGUUGGUGGCCUAUCUCGUGGAAAUCAACAAGAACGCUCUGAUCGUGGUGGUCGGAGUUCUGGCGCUGACGGCCGCGGUGCUCCUCUUCUUCAUACCGGAGACGACCCAUGAGCCAUUGCCUCAGACUCUGGAGGAUGGCGAAUACUUUGGCAGAGAUCAGUCUCUGUGUUAUUGUCCGAUCUUCUCCCAGCGCAUGGACGAAAAACAGAAGAGACGUGCGUCGGCGAGCAAUGUCUCGUACACCUCCGGCCGACCUGCCACUUCUGUACUGCCGAAAUCGACGCCGAAAGCCACAACGAAGUUCAAUCAUGGCAAGCGAUCCCAUUCGAAGGAACGAAAACCUGUCGUGACUCAAGAGCCGACUCAUACCGGAUCUUAGUUUCGACUCAAGGCCAUGAGAUCUGAUGGGGUGCUCUUCUGCGGAGACUGCACCCGGCGGGUCGGAAGACGAAUACGAUCGAGUGAUGAGUACCGGAACAGUAAUUCCCCCGUCGCCAUCAAAUCAAGCUCCGAUCCGGUUUCGACAGCAAUACUCUCGCAUAACUCACUUCCCCUUGCCCCGCCCGGGAAAAAUCCGAGAGGCCUCCGACUUUCCUGGCUGACUAGACUGGCCGUGAGCUCCUCUUCCACCGCAAGCAGACAAUUUCUCUCCUACCGACAAUCAUCUUCGUG